AUGAUCUCGCAGAAGCUAUCGUACGGCGACGUACCGACGUCCGCGUCGCUGUCCUCGCUAUCACCGGGCCUCGCGCCACCUUACGUGAACGGCAUGGGCUGCAUGCCCGCACAGCCCUACCCGAAUAUAUACUCCAACAACAUGGUCGCCGGCGGCUCCUGCAUGGGCUCUCCAGGCGUGGGCUACUCUCCGCCCAGCACCAUGGCCUCCUGUAUGGGCGGCGGCGGCGCCGUACCGUACGGCGCGCUCCCACGGGAACAGGAGGCCGCCUCUCCGACAUCCGCUCUUCAACGUGCGCGCAACGACAAGACUUAUCGCCGCUCCUACACGCACGCCAAGCCGCCGUAUUCGUAUAUUUCUUUGAUAACGAUGGCCAUCCAGAACAAUCCGUCGCGUAUGCUUACACUCUCGGAGAUCUACCAGUUCAUCAUGGACCUAUUCCCGUUCUACAGACAGAAUCAGCAGCGUUGGCAGAACUCAAUAAGGCACUCGUUAUCAUUCAACGAUUGCUUCGUGAAAGUGCCGCGCACUCCCGACAAGCCGGGCAAAGGUUCGUUCUGGACUUUGCACCCAGAUAGCGGAAACAUGUUCGAGAACGGAUGCUUUUUACGGCGGCAGAAACGAUUCAAAGACGAGAAGAAAGAGUCGAUACGGCAAGCGCAGAAGGCGGCCCAUACACAUGGGCACCACAGCUCAGGUCAUGAGAAGAGAGGUGAGCAUGGACAUGAGAAGACAACGGGUGCGGGCGCUGGUGAAGAAAAGGAGAUGCGGGAUGAUUUAUUAGCUCAAUUGCACGCGGCCCCUGAACUAUGCUUGCCUGAACACACGCCGCUAGCGCUGGAGCAUUACGCGCAAUUAAAACAGGAACCAACAGGUUACGCGCCCGCUCCACACCCCUUCAGCAUUACACGGCUGCUCCCUGGUGCAGAUACGAAGACAGACCUCAAGAUGUAUGACGUGAACUACGGCUACGGGCACGCGCCAGCCGACAACUACUACCAGUCGCCGCUGUACCACCAUCACGCCCACGCGCACUCGCAGCCGCCCUUGUGA